AUGGCUCUUGAAAUUCGAUUCCGUAUCCCCAAUGGCUUGGCGUGUCGCCGAUCUGACCACCAUCACAGCAGCGACGCACGUUCCGAUGACAGCCGAUGCGAUCAACCAUCAGUAUCGUCCCACGUGGACGUCCGCGUCGCUGCCUCGCCCGAGGAGCCUCUCCGAUCUGUCUUCACCCGCCUGUUCCAAUCGCAUUUGCGCCACUGCUGCUUGCCGUGCGAUGCACGUCCGGCACCGCGAAGAAACGAUGAGUAUCCGUGCGAGGCAGCGCACGUGCAGCGACGAGGCGACGAUGGCGUGAAAUCCGCUGAGGCAACUGAGGCGGUGCGUGGGACGCAGGCGGUGCGGUUCAUGGUGGUAGGGCAGGUGGUGUACCUGUCACCUGACUGCACCGUGACGCAAGCCAAGCUCAAACCCACUUGCACCAUCAAGGUGCUUCCCGUGAAGCCAGUGCGUGGAGGUGGAGACGGGAAGCGCAACGACGGGCUUUACACAGCCAGCGACGAGGACGAGGGCGAGGAGACACAGCACAGCGGACAGUCAUCAACGACUGCCGCAUCCUGCCAUGGGGGCCUUUCGGAAUUCAAGAAGGAGAUUUGGCGUGACCGGCACGAGGUGAUGAAGCGCUGGGAAUCCCACGUGCACGCAGUUACACAGGCCACGGGGGGGAUACGGGGAACGGGAGCUCGGGAAGCACCGGGGAAGCCUCAGCUGCUGAGUCGGGCGGACAUGGUUCAUUACCUGGACGUGGGGGGGUGGUGGGAUGCGGCAGCGUGCGAGUGGUGCUUCCACCACGUGGUCCGCCUUGGACCACAGCGCCCUCUCACCAUGCCCACCCUCCACCUCUUCCACUCCCUCCUGCACGUGGAGCAGCCGCGCUGCACGCCCCUUGCGCACCUGAACGUGGUGGGCAGGCGCGUGCUAGAGUAUUCCUUUGACGUGCCCGCGUUCGCAACGCACGAGGAGGAUGCCGAGGCCUCUAGCGCAGUUCAUGUGCAAGUGCACCCACGCCCCCUUCGUGUGCGCGCAAGUGAUGCUGCUCGACUGGCUGGCUGA